GUGCAACGAGCAAUCAAACCCAUUGAAAGUGGGAUUUCGCGCAUCCACAAACCUAACGAAGCACCGCUGUUCGACAUCGCGGAGGACAUUUCACACGUCAGUUUAUCCAGAGAGCUUGUACGGUACAGUGUGUUGUAGUCGGUCUAAGUCAGUGAUAUUCCAAAGUAUCCAAAAUGCCAUUCAAGAGUAUUAAGGCCCGCCAGAUCUUCGACUCGCGUGGUAACCCCACCGUCGAGGUCGAUCUGGUAACCGAUCUGGGACUGUUCCGUGCUGCCGUCCCGUCCGGUGCCUCGACCGGUGUCCACGAGGCCCUGGAACUGCGCGACAACGUCAAGGCUGACUGGCACGGCAAGGGCGUCCUGAAAGCCGUCGAGAACAUCAACAAGAUCAUCGCCCCGGCUGUGCUCGGAUCCGGACUGUGUGUUACGCAGCAGAAGGAGCUCGAUGAACUGAUGCUGAAGUUGGACGGCACCGAGAACAAGUCGAAGCUGGGCGCUAACGCCAUCCUCGGUGUUUCGCUGGCCGUCUGCAAGGCCGGUGCCGCCAAGAAGGGCAUUCCACUGUACAAGCACAUCGCCGAACUGUCCGGAAAUGGAGACAUUAUCCUGCCGGUGCCGGCAUUCAACGUCAUCAACGGCGGUAGCCAUGCCGGUAACAAGCUGGCCAUGCAGGAGUUCAUGAUCCUUCCAACUGGAGCAUCGUCCUUCACCGAGGCUAUGAAGAUCGGUUCGGAGGUGUACCAUCACCUGAAGAACGUCAUCAAGGCCAAGUUCGGUCUGGAUGCCACCGCCGUCGGUGAUGAGGGUGGUUUCGCUCCCAACAUUCUGGAAAACAAGGAAGCCUUGAACCUGAUUCAGGAUGCCAUCGCAAAGGCUGGAUACACCGGCAAGGUCGAGGUCGGUAUGGAUGUUGCUGCCUCAGAGUUCCACAAGGACGGAAAGUACGAUCUGGACUUCAAGAACCCCAACUCGGACAAGAGCGCUUGGUUGUCUCCCGAUGCAUUGGAAGAUCUGUACCAGGGCUUCAUCAAGGACUUCCCAAUUGUCAGUAUUGAGGAUCCCUUCGAUCAGGAUCACUGGGACGCCUGGGCAAAGAUCACUGCCAACACUACCAUUCAGAUUGUCGGCGAUGACUUGACUGUGACCAACCCGAAGCGUAUUGCCACUGCCGUCGAGAAGAAGGCUUGCAACUGCCUGUUGCUGAAGGUCAACCAGAUCGGUAGCGUAACCGAGUCGAUCAACGCUCACUUGCUGGCCAAGAAGAACGGAUGGGGAACCAUGGUGUCGCAUCGCUCUGGUGAAACCGAGGAUACCUUCAUUGCCGAUUUGGUCGUCGGUCUGAGCACCGGACAGAUCAAGACCGGUGCCCCGUGCCGAUCGGAACGUUUGGCUAAGUACAACCAGAUCCUCCGCAUCGAGGAGGAGCUUGGCUCUGCCGCCAAGUACGCUGGCAAAUCUUUCCGCAAGCCCCAGUAAAUGUUUAAACAUUGUGUCGAUUAAACUUAGCACAUACCAUUUGAGCGAGUAGUUCAUAGUCUGUCACUCUCUAUAAUUCUCAUACAAGCAAGAAAAAAAAGCGUAAUCAACUAAGUAGUGUGUGUGUACCAGCUCCGCACUGUUUCUCAGGAGCUUUUGCAAAUUGGCUUUCAUGUUAUUGGAGAUAAUGUUUUUUGUUUGAUAGAUCCAAAAUACCAAAACAAACCGAGUACCUCCGUAUUUAAGUCAGGAACCGCGUAGGAGGAUUUUAUCAAAAUUUACUAUGAUUGUUACUAUUAAAUUAAAGGUAUGAUACUGAAUAGGAAGUAAGAAUGAAAUACAUGAUUAAUUGAUAAAUACACAACAGAACAAAAUACAA